AUGGCUUCCACGGCAGAACAAGCCGUCGACAAUAGCGAGAAUGGCGGCGCCGCUCCGACUGGCGGCCCGCAUCGUGUGCGUUGGUAUCGUUCUACGUUCUACAACAUGACCAUUCUGGGUCUAUGUAACCUUGCGGCUCCUGGCAUCUGGACUGCCAUGAAUUCCCUGGGAGCAGGUGGAGCUCAGAGGCCGUACUUGGUUAACACCGCAAAUGCCUUGACGUUCUGUCUUAUGGUUGUAUCCUGCUGGGUAUCCAGUGCCUUGGUGCACUACAUUGGAAUCAAGGGCGCCCUUAUUUUUGGAACGCUGCUUUACGUUCUCGGGAUUUUACUUACACUGGGUUUCAGUAUCGGCUAUGCGCCCUAUGCCGCCGGUCUAUACGCAAACAACCGCUUUGGCAAUGAGUGGCUUGUAAUCCUCGGUGCUGCACUAUGCGGUAUCUCCGCCGGCGUCUUCUGGAUGGCCGAAGCUGCCAUCGCCAUCGCGUAUCCAGAACCGUGGAACAGAGGGAAAGCCCUUGGGUACUGGCUUACCUAUCGUCUGUCCGGCCAGAUCAUCGGCGGAGCCAUCAACCUCGGCUUGAAUGCAGACCGCUCCGAGGCCGGCAAGGUUUCCUACACUGUCUUCAUCAUCUUCAUCACCAUCCAGGCUCUGGGACCCUUCUUCGGCAUGUUCUUGACACCGCCUGACAAAGUGGAACGUCUGGAUGGAAAGAAGGUCAACCUGAGAAUUGAUGGAAGCCCCUGGCCCGAGAUUAAGCGAACGACGAAGCUUUUCUUCACCAAGGACUUCCUUCUCAUUCUGUUCUUCAUCGGCCAAGCCGUGUUUUCGGAAGCAGUGUUCUUCACCUACUUAUCCUUGUGGUUUAGUGUGCGCGCAAGAGCCCUGGGAUCUUUUCUUUCCGGCAUCGUGGCUGUCACUGGAGGCAAUCUUCUUGGUGCCUGGAUUGAUCGCACCACGAUCCCUUUAAAGAUCCGAGCCAGGUAUGCAUUCUGGGUCAUCGUUACCUUACAAGGCGCUUGGUGGACUUGGGCCACAGUCUUGGUCACCAGAUAUCACCAAACUAGGCCCACAUACGAUUGGUCCAGUCCAGGCUUCGGUGCUGGAUUUGGUGUCUUCAUUUUCCUUACUCUGGGUUUCCAACUGAACUACCUAUUCUUAUACUUUAUUGUUCAGAACCUCUCAACCGACAAGCAGGAAGUUAUUCGGUACUCGGCCAUCCUGCGUGGAGCGGAGUCUGCUUGGCAAGCUAUCAGUUAUGGAAUUGGAUCCCAGGUGAUCAUUGCUGAGGUUGGAGCCGUCUACCUCAACUUUGGCCUUUGGGCGGUCGCCAUUCUUCCUGCCUGGCUUGUUAUCCGGAAGCUGGGUACAAAGGACCAUGUCAUUUCCGAGUCUGAUGAAUCAGAAACUCCCAGUGAGAUUGGCCAAGUUAACGAGGAGCCUGACACAAAGCGGGGUUGA